CCCGUCAGUGCUCGGGACGCUCAGCUAUGUGGCCAUUUUCUAGAUUGAGUGCUGUAAUUGUAUUUGUGACAUUCGCACACUUGUUAUUCUUCCCACUGUCAUAAUUUACAGACUGACCAACAACAGGAGAUUCUUCUGCUGCCAAUACCACAGCCAGCCGCCCACACCCACACUCUCCAAGACAAGGCUUCGCCAUGUGGUCGAUGUGGGCGGAAAAUCCACCCCCUGAGAAUCAAGAUGGAGAGAAAAUUCAUGGCAGGUGGUAUGUGAUGCAGAUGAAGACAUACGACCAUAUACAAGCCAUCAUGGAAAUAUUUGAUGGCUGGUCCCAUAAUGUCGACCUAAGCCAAGACCCCCUAAGACACUGGAACCCAACUUUAACAUUCGGAAUGACGGUACAAAGCAUGACCCAAGACCACAACUACUACUUGAUCCUGAAGAAUGUGUCAGACCACAUUACAAAGGUGAGUCUUGUAAACUGCAUCAACAAUAUGAUAAGUGAAUGUAAAUUAGAGCUCCACAUGGGCUGGGUGAGGUGGCUUACUGGAGAUGACCAAGACAUCCAGGUCAACAUGCAGCUAACAAGUCUUCCUCUACUCCUCACUGAAACAAACUGGAAAAAAAGUGAAGCCUUAGUUACACCAGUGAAUCCACCAUGGACAAAGAAGACCUAUGAUUUAGUGUUAGACAGUUCUCUAAUCAUAACAGAGGAAGACAAUUUGUUGGCAUCUUGCAUCGAGGACGCAUCUGCACGUGAAUUCACCUUCAGGACUCCAACAGGCAAGACUCCCAAGCCUCUAAAACUAAUGCAGACUGUUCAUAUGCGAGACAUAUUCACCACACCUAAAAAAGUAGAACCACUUGAAGAAGAGUUCCAACACCUAGAUCCAUCACCUAGACCAUUUAGCCCUAGUCUCUUCAGCUCUAAUGAUAUACAAGAGGGGUCUUCUGACUAUGCACCACUGCCUGUAAGAGACCAAAGUGAAACUGAGGUUGAUGCUGCUGCUACCCAACAGCCAACAUUAUACUCCCAGACUGUUGGGGACGAGGCCACACCUGAGACAUUGUGGUCAGUGUCAACAAAUAAUGUAAUUCCCGAAAGCAAAAAUGGACACCAAAUUCAUGGAAGGUGGUUCAUUUUACAGAUGCAGAUUUAUGACUCAUUAGAAGCAGUCAUAGAUGAAGUUACAUGUUGGUCCAGAAGCAUCAACCUGAGACAAGAAUUCCUGAGGAACUGGAAUCCAAGAUUAACUCUAGGGACUACUACAGAGAGUACAAAUGAGGGCUGUAACUAUUAUUUAAUUCUGAAGAACGUGUCAAACCAUGUCGCCAGGGAAAGUCUCAUGAACUUUCUUGAAACUCUGCAAACCCAAAAAAGGAUACGCAUUAAAAUGGGUUGGAUAAAAUGGCUAACUGGGUUAAAAGAAGACCAUCAGGUGGAUAUAUUUCGGAGAGGUCUGCAUCUCCUUUUGCUGGGGAGUGAUGUAAAUCAAAGUAGGGCAUCUAUUUGGCCCAUGAAAAAACCAUGGAUGGAGACACCAGCAGAUAUGUUUCUGGAUAUAUCUCUGAAAACUAAAGGAUCAUUGACAGCAAACGCUAUGAUGCCAACACCAUACCAGUCAUCACCAAGAAAGACCUCCAUUGCAUCAUCACCAAACAAAGUGCCCUUUGGAGAAGCUACAAGAUCACCAAGUAUAAUGGACUCGAGUACCCAGAGAGUGACGAUGACACAGGAGAUGCAGGAGGUGGUGUGUGUCUGUGGUAGCCAAAAAAGGGUUCGAGAAAAAUCAAAAUUCUGCCAAGACUGCGGCACGAAGAUUAGUACCCAGUGCCCAAGCUGCCAAGAGACCGUCCCCUUGAGGUACAAGUACUGUGACUCAUGUGGAUCAUCACUAAAUGGUGCACCGGACAACUUGCCAGCUCCCAUUUCUACACACCAAUCGUCAAAUGAGCAGACACACAACCUUACCACUCGAGUCAUCUUACAGAGUUCACUGUCAGCAACUGCUAAUGGACACCACAUGUUACAGUCUAGUCCAGUAAGCACACCCAAUUGCUCAUAUCAAGCUAGCUGUUUAAAUGUGCCCAGUGACCUUGAGGACAUUAGUAUAUCAGCGGUAGUCUUGCAAGAUGUGCUGAACUCACCAGAGGAUGAAAAACUCCUGAAUGAGAUUAAACAGCAACAUCAGGAAGAGACUGGACAUAGUGUGGAUUUUACAGUUACCUUAAAUUGUCCACUGACAGUGAAGUGUAGUAUUUGCAAUGAAACUGUGGAACUAGGAAGGGCUGAAACAGUGCUUCCCAAAUUACAUUUUCACAUUUCUAGCGAGACCCACAGGUUGAAUGUAUCUAUACAGAAUAAUGAGGAUCCAGUGACAGCAAUGUUUGCUUUCAUAGAGAAAACUUACAGAAAUCAAUUUGUGCUAAAGAAGUCAAAUGCAAUUUGCCGUGAUGAUAGUUGGCAUAUCAGUUUGUUGCCUGGACAUACAGGGAAUCCACGGAAGAAAAUUGAGGAACACCUAAAGGGGAAAAUACAUUUAAAUGCAAGACGCAAAUGCAGAGGUAUGAAAGACAUUUCUGGUUAUUUCACACCUAAAAAAAAAUUGAGGUUUUCAGAAUAACUUUCAACUGAAAAUACAAAAAGUGUAACUUUAAGAUGGAAAAUGCUGCAACAUUCAAUCUUGGCAAAUAUCCACCAUAACGACCCCAGGGGCUGAUGUGAUUUUCAGGGUUACAAAAGGUCAAAAGUCAAGGUCACAUAUUUGAAAAAGGCAUCACCACUUGCCAUGUUUAUUUACUGCAAAGGUAAAAAUAAAAAGAAUUCCUGUACAAUCUUCAUACAGUACUUGGCAUUAUAAAUUCACCAUACAGAGACUUAAAUGAGUUGUGUUAUCAUAGGUAAAAGUCCAAGAUCAACACCCUGCAUUUUAAUAUAUAAUAAGGGCAGUUCAGGUGGAGAAUGAUGUGAAUAGAAAUGUACAGUAGCUAAAAUAACUAUAUCUGUGCAGGUGGGGGUCGAUAUGCUUCAAAAUUUUACGUGUGACUUGCGACAGCCCUCGUAUACCAAAAUUUAUCGUCCAUGUUUUCACACAGUUUCCCACAAAGUAUGCACAGAUAGUUGUUUUAGCUAUUGUACAUACAGUACUGUACUAGUACAAAGAUCUAUUACAAGACCUGUACUGCUGAUUAAGCCCAAAACUUGAAGUGUUUUAGUAUUCUUCAUAGGGCCAAGCAGAAUUUCAUAAAAAGAAAGACCGCUGCCCUGACUAAUUCUCCCACUAGUAAAUCCUGCUGGUCCUUAACUAAAAACACCUGUAAUAACUUCACUCCUUCUUGUCCUCCUCUCUUCCGACCUGAUAACUCUAUAGCCAACUCUUCCCCCUGACAAAGCCAAUCUCUUUGGGACCGUAUUCUCCUCUAAUUCCACCCCUGCUCCUCCUACUGAACCUAUGCACUUUCCUAUAAUCUCCACUAGGAGGGUUGCUGGUGUGUUAUCCAGGUUGGAUGCGAGUAAGGCGCUUGGACUGGAUGGAAUACCCCCCUCAUGUUCUGAGUGAGUGUGCUGAAGCUCUGGCUCCUGCGCUUACUCGCCUCUUUCGCCUUUGCCUCAAAACCCAAACCUUUCCUUCUUCUUGGAAGCAUGCCUUGGUUCAGCCCAUCCCAAAGAAGGGUGACCAU